AUGGACAAUUUCCCUUCCUUCGAUGCUCGCGCGCAUUUCCCAUCGCAUGAUGAGCCGCGAGUAUGGUUGAUCACCGCGGGGGAUUCACCUAUUGGUCUCUCUGUCGCGCGCCAGGUCCUUGCACAUGGGGAUUAUGCAUUUCUCGGUCUAGCACACUCGGCUUUGGAUCGGGAUGAGCGUCGCCGCGAUGAGUUCGAUGCCUUCCUCGCUGAGGUGGAGCAACACGGCGAUAGCUGGAAGCAGCGCAUGAAGACAGUUCCGCUAGAUAUCCGAAUGAUGGGAGAAUGUCAAGCGGUCGUCGCAGAUGCAGCCGCAACAUUUGGAAGGAUUGACAUACUUCUAUGCUGUACCAGUCAAGCCCUCAUCGGUACAGUCGAGGAGCUUUCCGCUUCAACCCAAACAAUGAAUCUUGUGCGAGAUCAAUUCGAAGUCAACUACUUUGGUCCUCUCAACAUCAUCAAGGCCGUGCUUCCCCAUAUGAGGAAAGAGCGCUCAGGGCAUAUAAUGAUAAUAUCAGGCAUCACGGCGCAUAUUGGUACACCCGGAUUAGGAAUGUACUGCGCAGCAGGCUGGGCCUUGGAAGGAUUCUGUGAUAGUCUGGCAUAUGAGAUCGCUCCAUUCAACCUCAAACUCACCAUCAUCCAAUGCAGCAUUGAGAUUGGCAUCCUUACCAACCUAGUAACCAGCGUCCCCCCAAUCUUCCCUGCCUACUCACCCGCCAACAACCAAGCACCUCUCUUCCGCGGUAUCUUGAACAACCUUGUUCCCCAACUACCUGAUGCUGCUACCUCAUCUGCCAGUCCAGCCACGCCGAGUCGAGCAAAUGAUGAAAACGCACGAGUCAACACUGUCGAGGAUGGCCCAUUCUCCGUGCCGGAAGUCGUUUCCAUGCACCCACCAUUAAGCUCUGCACAUCUUGAAGUGCUGGUAUCUGAAACAGUAUUUGCCAUCACCUCAAUUGGUGGCCAUAUGAACCCCCCUUCCCGACAUAUUGUUGGACAAGAAGGUGUUGCGAGUGUCAAAGAGAAGCUCAAGACUGUGAGCGAAGAGCUCGAGGACUUUAUACAGGCCAGCUUCGCUGUUGAUGUAGCGGCGGACUCGGAGCCGGGGCCUUCGAUGCAUGAAUGA